AUGACCCAGGCCAACUGCUCCCACAAACCACCGAAUCAUGUCUGCAGCUACACAACUCCGAGCGGAUUCUUUUUGCAAACUUACGAUCUGGAUAUGGCCAAGUAUACGUCAAUCAACACAUCGACCGACUACGGCCCUGAUACAAAGAAUCCCACCCUUAUAGGCUUUGCCUCGCUGGUCUCGAACGGUAUCUUCUAUGACAAGCCCCCCAACAUAACUGAAUGUAUGCUUUCAUGGUGCGCCAAGACCUACGAGAACGCCACUUCGCGCAACGGAGUGUUUUCGGCUACAGUGAAAGAUCACGAUCUGGAAUAUUCGUAUACUUGGGAGGAUCCGGACUCACUAACACUUGUCUCUUGGGACGUCUUUGGAGUCAAAAGAAAUGAUCUUCCCGGAGGUCCAAACACAACGUUCAUGAUUCACAGAAGCAGUCUGCAAUCGAUGGGGGCUUUCAUCGACACAGUGCUGCAGGCGGGAGUCUCGAACGGAUACUAUCAAUUCCAAAGCGGAACGCUCGAGGCUGGGGUGUUCAACUUUGGUAACCUGAUGCUCAACGAUCCUACCAUAAGUGACAUGGGAGAGAGCCUGGCAAAAGGUCUAACCAACAUCGUUCGCAACAUGUCAACAACAUACACCGAACAAUUCCCUGGUGUAUCCCACGUCUUUGCAGGGCUGGAGUGA